CCUCACAGUUAAAGCACAAGCAGCAGCCGAAAGAGCUUCCUUGGAGAAAACCCGGGAACUCCUCAGAGGGUUGAAGGGAAGGGUCUUGGAGGAACCUGCACCCAGAGCCUUUUGAACCAGCAUGGCCGGCCUUCAGGACAACACUCUGCGGAUCGUUCUGGUGGGAACAACUGGAAGAGGGAGAAGUGCAACAGGAAACACUAUCCUUGGGGAAAGAGUAUUUGAAUCUAAAAUUGGUUCUGAAUCUGUUACCAAGAGCUGUCAGUACGCAUCUCGAGAGUGGAAGGGGAGGAAGCUUCUUGUUGUAGACACUCCAGGGUUAUUUUCCACCAGCGAGGCACUGAGAACCACCUGUAAGGAAAUCUCUGAGAGUGUCCGCUACUCCAGCCCCGGGCCUCAUGCCAUCAUCCUGGUCCUAUGGCUGGACUGCCUCACAGAGGACGAGCAGGCCUCAGUUGAAUUGAUCAAGGCCAUCUUUGGGGAACACGUCGUGAAGCACAUGAUUGUCUUGUUCACUCGCAAAGAUUAUGUGGGUGGUCAGAUGCUGAGUUACUUUAUAGCAAGGGCAGACAAGCGCCUAAAAACCAUCAUCAAGGAGUGUGAGUUACGCUGCUGUGCCUUCAACAACAGAACAGCAGACGAGGCUGAGAAGGAAGCUCAAGUGAAGGAGCUGGUGGAGCUGAUCGAGGCAGUGGUGCGGGAGAACGGAGGGGCUCACUUUUCAGAUCCCAUGUACAAGGACUCAGUGGGAAAGCAGAAACGUCUGGAAGACGCCUUGGAGAAAAUUCGUGCUGGUUGAUUAG